AGCCCAUCCCAACACGGGUCGCCCCCGCCCCGGCGCGUGGUGACCUUGAGGGCAGCGGUGCCGGGCGCUCCCUAUCCCUGCGCCCGGGGAGGGUCACCCCUUUAAUCCCCUGCUUCAGCCCCCCAGACGCACUGCGGACGGGGAGCCGAGGGGCCCUCAACGGCCUCCGGCGGGGCUGGUUGAUGGAUGCAUGUCAGACAGGACAGUGACUCCGGAGGAGUUAGAGGGCCGCCUCGCCUUUCUUCUCCUGUCUUGCGUCUGGCCCCCGCAGGAUAUUCACGGUUGCUUCCGAUUCGUGUUUGUGGACUUAGUUUAAAAGAAAAAAAAAUCUUCUCCUCCCCUCUUUGGAAAGGAUCAGUAAGGAAGAGGACGACAUUUCAGUUGCGGGGGUGGUGGUGGGGUGUGCUCCCUUUAUUCCAUCCUGCAGGAGAAUCACAUAGCUAAGCUAGUUAGCGACCCCUGGGUCUGCGCCUCGGUCACUGGCCAGUCGGUCUCUGUGCGCAUUUCAUUGACCAGUUUUCUGCGGGACUCGCAGCGUUGGGAGUGCACUCAUCCAGUGCGUGUAGCAUUGCUUGGCGCCCUGGCGAAGAGGGCAGGUCUUGGUCACAGCUGAGGGAGUCUGCAAAAACCUAGAGGGCUGGACCCUCCUCGAUGUGUACAUCUCAUGAUUGAUGUGAAGAAAUGAGUCAUGGACCAAAGGUCAAGAUACUUCUCUGGGAAAUGUUGCUGCUGAUGCUGCUUUACAAAGUCACACAAUGAAGUGUUUGGUUUAAGAAAGAUUUUCAUAUUUAAAAGAUUUUCAUCUUGGAAAUAUAUCAAGUGAAAAUUAGAUUUUUUUGGGAAACAUUUUCCUCCUAAUAAAUUAUACUUGUAAUGGGCGACAUGGCAAACAACUCAGUUGCAUAUAGUGGUGUGAAAAACUCUUUGAAAGAAGCUAAUCAUGAUGGAGACUUUGGAAUUACGCUCGCAGAGCUUCGGGCUCUCAUGGAGCUCAGGUCCACAGACGCAUUACGAAAAAUACAGGAAAGUUAUGGAGAUGUCUAUGGAAUUUGCGCCAAGUUGAAAACAUCUCCUAAUGAAGGCUUAAGUGGAAACCCUGCAGAUUUAGAAAGAAGAGAAGCAGUGUUUGGAAAGAACUUUAUACCUCCUAAAAAGCCAAAAACCUUUCUUCAAUUAGUAUGGGAAGCAUUACAAGAUGUCACUUUAAUUAUAUUAGAAAUCGCAGCCAUAGUAUCUUUGGGCCUUUCUUUUUAUCAACCUCCAGAAGGAGAUAAUGCACUUUGUGGAGAAGUUUCUGUUGGGGAGGAAGAAGGUGAAGGUGAAACUGGUUGGAUUGAAGGAGCUGCAAUCCUCUUGUCAGUGGUGUGUGUGGUAUUAGUUACAGCUUUCAAUGACUGGAGUAAGGAGAAACAGUUCAGAGGUUUGCAGAGUCGAAUUGAACAAGAACAGAAGUUCACCGUCAUCAGGGGUGGGCAGGUCAUUCAGAUACCUGUGGCUGACAUUACUGUUGGAGAUAUUGCUCAAGUGAAAUAUGGCGAUCUUCUUCCAGCUGAUGGCAUACUUAUUCAAGGCAAUGAUCUUAAAAUUGAUGAAAGCUCCUUGACUGGUGAAUCUGAUCAUGUUAAGAAGUCUUUAGAUAAGGAUCCCUUACUUCUAUCAGGUACUCAUGUGAUGGAAGGCUCUGGAAGAAUGGUAGUUACUGCUGUAGGUGUCAAUUCUCAAACUGGAAUUAUCUUUACCUUACUUGGAGCUGGAGGUGAAGAGGAAGAGAAGAAAGAUGAGAAGAAAAAGGAAAAGAAAAAUAAGAAACAAGAUGGAGCUAUUGAGAAUCGCAACAAAGCUAAAGCCCAGGAUGGUGCAGCCAUGGAAAUGCAGCCUUUAAAAAGUGAAGAAGGUGGAGAUGGUGAUGAAAAAGACAAAAAGAAAGCAAAUUUGCCAAAAAAGGAAAAAUCUGUUUUACAAGGGAAACUUACAAAACUGGCUGUCCAGAUUGGGAAAGCAGGUUUGUUGAUGUCUGCCAUCACAGUUAUCAUUCUAGUAUUAUAUUUUGUAAUUGAUACCUUCUGGGUUCAGAAGAAACCUUGGCUUGCUGAAUGCACACCGAUUUACAUACAAUAUUUUGUGAAGUUCUUCAUUAUUGGGGUUACAGUUUUAGUGGUUGCAGUGCCAGAAGGUCUUCCACUUGCAGUCACUAUCUCACUGGCUUAUUCAGUCAAGAAAAUGAUGAAAGAUAAUAACUUAGUAAGGCAUCUGGAUGCGUGUGAAACCAUGGGAAAUGCUACAGCCAUUUGUUCAGAUAAAACAGGAACAUUGACAAUGAACAGAAUGACAGUUGUUCAAGCUUAUAUAAAUGAAAAACAUUAUAAAAAGGUUCCUGAACCAGAAGCUAUUCCACCAAAUAUUUUGUCCUAUCUUGUAACAGGAAUUUCAGUCAAUUGUGCUUAUACAUCAAAAAUAUUGCCACCAGAGAAAGAGGGUGGAUUACCUCGUCAUGUUGGUAAUAAAACUGAAUGUGCCUUGUUGGGACUUCUCUUGGAUUUAAAACGGGAUUAUCAGGAUGUUCGAAAUGAAAUACCAGAAGAAGCACUGUACAAAGUCUAUACCUUCAAUUCUGUCAGGAAGUCCAUGAGUACUGUCCUGAAAAAUUCAGAUGGGAGUUUUCGAAUAUUCAGCAAGGGUGCAUCUGAGAUAAUUCUGAAAAAGUGUUUCAAAAUCUUGAGUGCUAAUGGUGAGGCAAAAGUAUUCAGACCAAGGGAUCGUGAUGAUAUUGUAAAAACUGUGAUUGAACCGAUGGCAUCAGAAGGCUUGAGAACCAUAUGUCUUGCAUUCAGAGAUUUUCCAGCAGGAGAACCAGAACCAGAGUGGGAUAAUGAAAAUGAUAUUGUCACCGGCCUUACAUGCAUUGCUGUUGUGGGCAUUGAAGAUCCUGUGAGACCUGAGGUACCAGAUGCAAUUAAAAAAUGUCAGAGGGCUGGAAUUACUGUACGGAUGGUCACUGGUGAUAAUAUUAAUACUGCUCGGGCUAUUGCUACCAAAUGUGGUAUUUUACAUCCUGGGGAAGAUUUCCUAUGCCUGGAAGGUAAAGAUUUUAACCGAAGAAUACGAAAUGAAAAGGGAGAGAUUGAGCAAGAGCGAAUAGACAAGAUUUGGCCAAAGCUUCGAGUACUUGCAAGAUCAUCUCCUACUGACAAACAUACUCUUGUUAAAGGUAUAAUCGACAGCACUGUCUCAGAACAACGCCAAGUUGUAGCUGUAACUGGUGAUGGUACAAAUGAUGGCCCAGCAUUAAAGAAAGCAGAUGUUGGAUUUGCAAUGGGGAUUGCUGGAACUGACGUAGCUAAAGAAGCAUCUGAUAUUAUUCUCACAGAUGACAACUUUACAAGCAUUGUUAAGGCAGUUAUGUGGGGACGAAAUGUCUAUGACAGCAUCUCAAAAUUCCUUCAGUUCCAACUUACUGUUAAUGUAGUAGCAGUCAUUGUUGCUUUCACAGGAGCUUGUAUUACUCAAGAUUCACCGCUUAAGGCUGUGCAGAUGCUGUGGGUAAACCUCAUAAUGGAUACACUUGCUUCCUUGGCUCUGGCAACGGAACCACCCACUGAAUCCCUCUUGCUUCGGAAACCUUAUGGUAGAAAUAAGCCUCUCAUCUCACGCACAAUGAUGAAGAAUAUUUUGGGUCAUGCAUUCUAUCAACUUGUAGUAGUUUUUACACUCUUAUUUGCUGGAGAAAAGUUUUUUGAUAUUGAUAGUGGAAGAAAUGCUCCUUUGCAUGCUCCACCUUCGGAACAUUAUACUAUUGUUUUUAAUACCUUUGUGCUGAUGCAACUUUUCAAUGAAAUAAAUGCCCGGAAAAUUCAUGGUGAAAGAAAUGUGUUUGAAGGAAUCUUUAAUAAUGCCAUCUUCUGCACGAUUGUUUUAGGCACUUUUGUGGUACAGAUAAUAAUUGUGCAGUUUGGUGGAAAACCUUUCAGUUGUUCAGAACUUUCAGUAGAACAGUGGCUAUGGUCAAUAUUCCUAGGAAUGGGGACAUUACUCUGGGGCCAGCUUAUUUCAACAAUUCCAACUAGUCGUUUAAAAUUCCUAAAAGAAGCUGGUCAUGGAACACAAAAGGAAGAAAUACCUGAGGAGGAAUUAGCAGAGGACGUUGAAGAGAUUGAUCACGCUGAAAGGGAGUUGCGGCGUGGCCAGAUCUUGUGGUUUAGAGGUCUGAACAGAAUCCAGACACAGAUGGAUGUAGUGAAUGCUUUCCAGAGUGGAAGUUCCAUUCAGGGGGCUCUAAGGCGGCAACCCUCCAUCGCCAGCCAGCAUCAUGAUAUUCGAGUGGUGAAUGCAUUUCGUAGUUCUUUAUAUGAAGGGUUAGAAAAACCAGAAUCAAGAAGUUCGAUUCACAACUUUAUGACACAUCCUGAGUUUAGGAUAGAAGAUUCAGAGCCUCAUAUACCCCUUAUUGAUGACACUGAUGCUGAAGAUGAUGCUCCUACAAAACGUAACUCCAGCCCUCCACCCUCUCCCAACAAAAAUAACAAUGCUGUUGACAGCGGAAUUCACCUUACAAUAGAAAUGAACAAGUCUGCUACCUCUUCAUCCCCAGGAAGCCCACUACAUAGUUUGGAAACAUCACUCUGAUUGUAAGCUGAAUGUUAACACACUAGCUGCAUUGUAAAGAAACAAAUUGAAACUGGGUCUUUUCACAUAUUGUGACGGACAAGAUAGUAUUCUUGUCUUUGGACUUCAACAGAAGACACACUUGUACGAAUGUAGAUUUAUUUUUUUAAAAAAAAAAAAAAAAGCAAAGCUUUCUGCCAGACUGAGGGUGCUUUUUGGGGGGUGGGAGAAAUGAACUGACAGAUAAACAGUAACUCAGUAUAAGUGACCCGUGGAUCAUCAGUAGUACCCAAGAAUGGUCCUGAACAGUGUAUUAGCAGAACUUUAGUUUAUCUUAAUCCUUGAUGGGAGAGAGGGAGGAGUAAAGCUGGGCCAGACGAAGAGCCCUGGAUCAUUGAAUUGAUACUUUAAUUUCUGCUGUUGGCUGUUAAUAAUUUGGAUUAUUUAUGUUUAUAAAUGAUACAGAUCUGUUUACAAGGUUUGUAGAUACUUUUUUUGUUCCUGUUCAUAGAUGGGAAGCUUCAUUAUAACUGAUGCAGAGAAAAAUUAGUCCUUCAAAUACUGCUGUAUUUUCAGGAAAAAAAAGGGGGGGUGUUUCUAUUGAAACUGUACUAAAUUUUUGCCUACAAUUUACCUUGUUAAAUAUUGUAGAUAAAUUGCUAAUACUAAUAGCCAAAUAGAUAACACUAAUGCUUUGUUUAAAAAAAACCAAAACAAAAAAAACAAAACAAAACAAAAAAACAUGAGCAGUGGUGUUCUAAUGAAGUUAUGGCGUCUGUCCUAAUUAGUUUCUUAAAUACAUUUACUACUUAAUGGUUUUGAAACAACUGUUUAAUUUUUAAAAUUUUUGAAAACUUGCUAAUAACCUUUUGUUCAGAAUUUAGUAGAUUGUUUAAUGCAGGACAUCAACUACACAAUGAAAGAGUGCUUGAAAUGCUUUUGUUAUUUCAGGCAAAUCAGAUUAAAUCAAACUAUCAAACUACAAGAGAACCUUAGUCCUUUUUGUUUUUGUCUAAAUAUGUUAGUUCAGUGAUGUCUUGGUGAACUGUGAGUGAACUGUAUUGAUUUUUCUAAUAAAUUCUUAGAGACCUUCAUACAGCAUGAGGGCGUUGGCAUUUUGAAAAAGGUUAAUAAGUAGAAGCAUACAUGUUUUUCUUUUGUUUUUGAAACUUGUUUGUAAGCAUAAAUAAAUAUGCCCUUUUAUUAAAUAAAUACACAACAAUGUUUUUGACAUUUCAGCUUCCUUCCUCAGUUCUGCAUAUAUGUCUGUCCUGUUAAGCCACAAUUGGAAUAAAUUUGAAGAUGGUGGCAAUCUAAUAGAAUCAGAUUAAGUGAAUGAUCACAAUCUUGCCAUUUAACAUGUUUUUCAUAGAACUUAGUUGGUCUAAAAUAGUCUCAUAGUUUAAAAAAAAAUAAUGACUACCAUUGUCUUUGUAUAUUUUAAUUCUUAAGUGGCCAAAUAACAAAUGGUAAAAUGAGAUUAUAAUAAUUAACCAUAUGCAGGAAUGCCCAUCUCUAAGCCAAUUGGAUUCCUUAGCUAUUUUCUUCCUGUCUGCCUUCUUCCCUUGUUUGCCUCUUGUCUUUACCCUGUAUAAACUGGCAUCAUGUUAGGGCCUAGCUUUCACCAGAUACACAAUCCUCAGGCUGUUGUGAAGUUUACGAGGACUACUCCAUCUGAGAGUGCUGACCCCGCAAAGAAAUUUAGUUGAUGGUGCUUGAUAUUUUUGGUGGGUGGGGGAAAUCGUUUUCUCUCCAUCAGUUUUUUUGCAGUAAUCCUCUGCAAGUCUUAGAAACACAUUGGCUCUGUCAGCAUUUGUCAUUGUACAUUUAUUCAUCAGGUAUUUAUAGUGAUUCAUACUGUAAAAAGAGGAGGCAUGAUAUGCUGGGAAGCAUAUUUAGACUAGGAGUCAAGACCUGGUUUCUAGUCUUGGUUUUGCCAUUAAUGUGCUGCAUGAUCUUGGGAAAAUCAUUUACUCUACAUGAGGGUGGUAGAUUAGACUCUACCUUGAAGAACCCUUUCAACUCUAAACAUUGACCCUAUCAACUGGAGAAGCCUACGUACAAGGCAUAGGGAAUAGAGAAAAGGGAAAUGUUUUCAGUUUUCUUUUUUAUUUUGGUUAUGCUUAAAUAUGAAUGUAAUUACCAAAAGAUUUAGAAGUGCAUGUGCUUUGGAGGAUUUGUAUUGAGCUUUUACAGUAUUCAUUUUUCAACUAAAGGCAAUGGCUUUUUACACCAACUCUAAUCCAUAAAUGGGUCUUAAGACAUCCAUGAAGUAGUAGCAAGACAUGCUUAAUGUGUAUUUCUCUCUUUGAGACACUGUAAUUUCUACCAGAAAUUUCCAGAGCAUUAUGUAAGUAGAAAAAAAAAAAAAAUGCAAGCAAGCUGUUAAAGAUCUUGGAUCCCAUUAUAUAGUAUGUAUAGCUGAAAUCAGCAUCUGUAAUUCAAUCACUUUUUCUCUUUUAUCCUCUAACCAAAAAAUUGUUUAAUUUUGCAUCCCAAAUGUUUUUAAUCUUUGUAUAUUUUUUAAAAAUCCUUUUCUCCUCAUCAUUGCCUUUUUUGUGGUUGUAAAUAGACUUACUUGCACUUUGAAGAUGAGUUACUCCUUGUCAUCUUACAAAUAUGUGAUAUGGUAAUUUUCAUAACAGAUGUCAGUUUUGAACCAAGAAAUGGUGAUUUGUUUAUAAGAAAAAAAACUGGCUUCAUUUCUGUGAAAUUGCUCUUUGAAAAUUUCUUUUUACACGUGUAAGCCAACUGAGAUACCGUGAUGGUGUUGAUUUCUUUCAAUGAUGCUUACCAUCUAUUUUAGCCACUGAGCCUUUUAUUAUUUGUCUAUUUGUAAAGUUUAUUUGUCUUAACUCAUUUAAUAAAUAUACUGUUUAUCUGUUUCUGAA